AUGGACAAACUCCAGCAGCUCCGCAGCACUCUGCGGGGCCAGCAGCUCCUCCACAUCAUCUUGGUGAUCCAGCAGCACCUGCAGGGCGGAGCUGAGGCUCUGCACAACUGCUAUUCGCAGAGCCUGGACACCAUCCUCAGGAGCCAGCUAACAGAGACCCCCACCUUGGAGAAGCUGCAGCACCUCCUGGAGCACAUCCAUCGCUCUCUCCUGGCAAACAACCCCCAGGAGAGAGCCAGGGCCGUCCAGACCAGUGCGGCCCUGCUCCAGUUCGCCACCUCCCUGCCUGGAUUUGACACCUCCUCCGCCUUCUCCAAGGCAGGAGAAUUCGUUCUGCAGCUGGGUCUCUGGAUAUCCCACCCAGCCAGUAACAUCAGUCGGCAUGCCAAGGGUGGGAUAUACUGGCUUUACUGGCUCCUGCUCCGGAAGAGGGGGCUCAACACCAGCGAGGCCCCAGACUUGUGGUGCCGGGACGGGCUCCAUGACCCCGAGCGCCUGGGGUAUAGAAAUCUGGCCAGGGUGGGAGAGGCCUUUGGCGAGCUGUUCACAGAGGAGCAGAAAAGAUCUUUCCUCCAGGCGGGCCUGCUGGCCAUUCACCACCCCCUCCUCUGCGUCAGCCAGGCUGGCCUGGUGCUGACGUAUUCCAUCCUGGGGGAAGCUGGCCAGCUGCUAGAGGACGAGGUAACCAAAGAGGGGUCACCUGGGGAGAGACCCCCCAGGGAGGACAUCGCAUAA